UACGCCCGAUCCGCGAGCGCAGAGUUGGCUGAGCGCAGAGCCGGCGCGCGCCAAUUGUUUUUUUGUAUGACGGGUGACGUUCGUGUUUUUUUUCUUCGUUGUUUUCGUCAAAGUUGACGGCGCGAUUUUCGACAGUUUUAUUCGGGCGCAAAGUUGCGCUUUUUGUCAGUAUCAGCUCGGGAUCGGACCUGGACACACGGUCAGAGGUCGAUUUUCGCUCUUUCACUUCUCCUUCGGUAGCAUACAAACGCACAGACACACACGGGAGCACCGAAGAAACAAUUUCGCGCGUUUUGUACCGAAUAAUGACAUUUUUUCGACAAUUUUUAACUCGAAGCGUGUCGUUGACUCGCUGUUGCUGAUAGUGGUUGGUGCUCAAUUAUUUUCUUCGCUUUACCCAUUCGGACUGGUUUUUCUCUGCGGAUUUAUUGCGCUGCUCUAGAAGGACGGGCGCUGCCAUUGGACUCAACAUGGCGCUUAGGAUUACUGUCAUGGCUGCUGUUUUCCUGGUCAACAACUGUGCGGCUUUCGAGAUUCACAAACACAUGACAUUGGACGAGCUACGGCACACAUUUCACGUGGAUAGCCAGCACUUGGUGCCCGACUACGAAAUCGUUCCCAUUCACCAUGUGCGGAAACGCAGCAUAGAUGCGCCGCCCCCCAAAGGCGGCAACUCCCUGGACCAGGAUAAGGACCCUUUGGUUAAACGCCCGAAGCCCUGGAACGUUACCAGCACGCUUGAUUCGCCAGCAAAAGAUGCAGCGAAAAACUUGCGGCUUCAGGCGUUUGGCCAACCCUUCAACCUCAGUCUGCUGCCCACUGAAGGGCUGUUCCAGAAGGGCAAGCUGAAGGUGUUCACUGUGGAGCCGAACGCCACUGCGCAGCAUGGAGUCGAGUAUGUGGAACAUCCAGAGGCAAAUGACGACAUAGGCGAAUUAUACCAGGACGAGCACAAUCAAGCGGCCAUUCUGAUGCGCAAAGAGGGCUCGGAUAUUGUAGUGGAAGGUUCCAUUGGUUCCCAUCUGGUGAUUCGUCCAGUUCCCACACGGCUCCGGCCCGUUGUUGGGACAGCGCGCAAAGUGUCCGCCACUGAUGAUGAAGGCUUUUUAGACGACGAUGGUGCGCUGAGUGCUGAAGUCGCCAUCGACACAGGUCUACCAAUUGCUCGGGCGGAGGACGGUUCCAGCGGUGCGACCGCUCACCAUCACAUCGUCUUCAGACGCAAAGAAAACCAAGAGGACUCGAUGAGCGACUAUGCUCUGAUGGAACCCGACCACCUGGGCAAUCGAUACCGGCGCAGCACCCAACAAAAGCGCAGCAAACGGGACGCCCCCUACACGAUCUACCCGGAGAUUUUGGUGAUUGUGGACUAUGACGGAUAUCGGCUGCAUGGUGGAGACAACUUGCAGAUCAAGCGCUACUUUAUCUCGUUCUGGAACGGGGUGGAUCUGCGCUACAAGCUGCUCAAAGGGCCCAAGAUCAGGGUGUCGAUUGCUGGAAUCAUCAUAAGCAGGGGUCGAGACGCCACGCCUUAUUUGGAAAGAAACCGGGUGGGUCGUGAUGCGAUCGACUCAGCAGCGGCGCUGACUGACAUGGGAAAGUAUCUGUUUAGAGAGCGACGCCUCCCAGUCUACGACAUCGCAGUGGCAAUCACAAAACUAGACAUGUGCAGGCGAGCGUUCCCCAAUGACAAGUGCAAUCGCGGUACUGCAGGAUUCGCCUAUGUGGGCGGCGCCUGCGUGGUCAACAAGCGCCUGGAGAAAGUCAACUCGGUGGCCAUCAUUGAGGAUACGGGUGGCUUCAGCGGCAUCAUUGUGGCCGCCCAUGAAGUCGGUCAUCUGUUGGGCGCCGUGCAUGACGGCAGUCCCCCACCCUCUUAUUUGGGGGGGCCUGGUGCCGAAAAGUGUCAAUGGGCCGACGGAUUCAUCAUGUCCGAUCUGAGGCACACUGAGAGAGGCUUCAGAUGGUCGUCGUGCAGCGUUGCCAGCUUCCAUCAUUUCUUAAAUGGGGACACUGCCACUUGUCUAUACAACGCGCCCCAUGAAGACGAGAGCCUGCCUCGAGUGCUCCCAGGCAAGCUGCUGACUUUGGACGCCCAGUGCCGCAGAGACCGGGGCACCAGCGCCUGCUUUAAGGACGAAAGGGUGUGCGCCCAGCUGUUUUGCUUCGACUCCGGUAGUGGCUACUGUGUAGCUUAUCGGCCUGCGGCCGAAGGUUCGACGUGCGGAGACGGGCAGUACUGCUUGAAUGGCCGAUGUGUAGCCGAGCACGAGAACAUCAUCCCCGACUACUCACAGAACGCGCCCUCGUACGUGAGGCCGAACGGCCACCCGGGCCGACCCUUGUUCUCUGACGAACCCCCCGAACCGCUUUCCCCAAUCCAGCCCCCUGCGACAACAGUCGCUCCUUCGACGCGACACCCGUGGGGCUGGUUUGGCAAUUUCCAACCGUCCCUCGCUACCGCUAGUCCCUAUUUGCACAAUUUCUUCCCGAAGCAGACCACUAGGAGUCCCUACGAUUUCCGGGAUUUCGGCAAAAAGUCGACCGAGAGUCCGUACAAUUUGGGGUUCGGGUACAACGACAAUAUUAACAACAACUACCUGAAGAGGUCAUACAACGCUGCCAGCUACUUCGGGGACAGUAGCACGUUCAACAACAAGACUGUCACCUCCGCAAUCGCUCUUUGACUUGAAGGUUGAAGUCACACUCAACACGCAACCAGAAGCACCAAAACAAGACUUAGAGUAAUAACAAACAGAUGGAAGGACAGCCCUGGCUAGCAGCGUCCAGUCCAAGUGGUCAGCGUUACGAGUUACUAAAGUGAUUGUGAUUUUUUACGUAGAUGCUUAAGACUUGCGAACUCUCUAAGGAGAUGUGUGGGAGGAGUUUAGAUUAUUUAAUUUAGAUUUAUCUACGCGGUUGUGCGUGUCGCCCGUACGAAUGAUUUUACUUGUGUGCAACAGUGCUGAUCCUAAUUUCAAUUUUUUCUUUGCAAUCCGUCCAACGCACUCACUCACUUAGGAACCAACAUGCACCAAUUUGUGUCUGUUUCCUGUCCAAUUCGGCGCCACUGUAUUAAACCGCGACAAGAAUCUACUUAAGACUUAAAAAAUAAUUUAUUGUAGCCACGUCAACCUGUUUAGAGCCUAGAUUAGACAAUGAUUGCGCAAGAACUAUUUUUGUUUAAAUUAAAUUAAUUAAAAUACA